CCCCUAUAAAACACGAAGGGUGUUUCUGUUCUGCUCCAAACAACCACAACCCAAAUUCUCUCUCUCUCUCUCAUCAUCAUCAUCAUCAACAUCAUAUCAACCAUGGUUCUGUCUAAAACUACUUCAGAAACAGAUGUGUCUAUUCACUCCACCUUUGCCUCUCGCUAUGUUCGGUCCUCACUUCCUAGGUUCAAGAUGCCGGAGAGCUCUAUACCCAAGGAGGCGGCUUCUCAGAUCAUCAACGACGAGCUGAUGCUUGAUGGCAAUCCUAGGCUGAACUUGGCGUCGUUUGUGACCACAUGGAUGGAGCCAGAGUGUGAUAAGCUCAUGAUGGCUUCUAUCAACAAGAACUACGUCGACAUGGAUGAGUACCCUGUCACCACUGAGCUUCAGGCAAGCCUUUCGUCUCCUGUACACUCUUCCCUGGCCAACUGGUUAGCUCUUCGCUUCCACCUUUAUGGACGGACCAAUGUUGUGGCCUAGGGGCUAGGAGAGCAACGUCCCUUGUUUUUUAUCCCACAGCUACGGUUUUUAUCAAUAAUUUGUGUUCCGUAAAUUGAUUGGACGUCAAAUUUAGAUCCCGAUACUGGCUUGUUGCAUCUCU